AUGCUUCGUCUCAUCCUGCGGCUCAGGCCGUCCGCCGGCCUCCGCUGUCCCCGUGCCCUCCCGGCUGGGCCUGCUACGCUCAGCUCCCGCUCGGUGCCCGGAUCCGGUUCACUAAGGCGGCUUCACUGCGCAGCGGGGUCCCGGACCGUGUGUUUGGGGUCCGGCUUUAGCCACAGGGGAGCUCUGCUGCGGUUUCCCCAUUUGACAGGCAGCUGUCAGAGCAGUCGUUACUACAGCCUGCCGCCGCACCAGAAGGUGGAGCUUCCUGCACUGUCGCCCACCAUGCAGACAGGGACGAUCGCUCGCUGGGAGAAGAAAGAGGGAGAAAAAAUCAGCGAGGGCGAACUUAUAGCCGAGGUGGAGACUGACAAGGCCACUGUAGGUUUUGAGAUGAUGGAGGAGUGCUAUCUGGCAAAGAUCCUGGUUGCUGAAGGGACCAGAGAUGUCACUAUCGGAUCUGUAAUCUGCAUCACAGUUGACAGCCCUGACCUCAUCCCAGCGUUUAAAGACGUAACGUUGGAGUCACUUCAAGCAGCUGGUCCUUCACCUGUUGCCUCCGCUCCUCCUCCUCCUCCUGCUGCGGCUCCUGCUGCUACAGCAGCCCCGGGAAGCUCUUACCCAACACACAUGAAGAUCACACUUCCUGCCCUCUCUCCCACCAUGACAAUGGGAACAGUGCAGCGCUGGGAGAAGAAGGUGGGAGAGAAGCUGAGUGAAGGAGAUCUGCUGGCUGAGAUCGAGACUGACAAGGCGACCAUCGGUUUUGAGGUGCAGGAGGAGGGAUAUUUAGCCAAAAUCAUGGUGCCAGAGGGAACUCGGGAUGUUCCCCUGGGAAUGCCGCUCUGCAUCAUUGUAGAGAAAGAGAGUGACAUUGCUGCCUUCAAGAAUUAUGCAGAGAUUGGGGUGGCAGAGGUUUCCACACCACCUCUAGCACCAGCUGCAGCUCCAGCUGCUGCAACACCCAGUCCUUCUGCCGCAUCACCCGGUCCUGCUGCCGCUGCACCAGGGGCACCCAGGAAAGGUCGUGUGUUUGCCAGCCCGCUCGCCAAGAAACUUGCUGCUGAGAAAGGAAUCAACCUGGCACAGGUCAGCGGCUCUGGUCCUGAUGGGCGCAUCACCAGGAAAGACAUUGACAGCUUUGUUCCACCAAAGGCUGCACCUGCCGUAGCUGCUGCUCCCUCUCCAGCUGCAGUUCGUGCUGCUCCUGCACCUGCUGCAGCUCCGGCUGCACCAGCUGGGACCUUCACAGACAUCCCUAUCAGCAACAUCCGCAAGGUCAUCGCUCAGAGGUUGAUGCAGUCCAAGCAAACUAUCCCCCACUAUUAUCUUUCUGUAGAUGUCAACAUGGACCAAGUGCUUGAGCUUCGGAAAGAACUCAAUGCUGAGGUGAAAGCCCAGAAUAUCAAGCUUAGUGUGAAUGACUUCAUCAUCAAAGCCAGCGCUCUGUCCUGCCUCAAGGUUCCUGAGUGCAACUCCUCCUGGAUGGACACAGUCAUCCGCCAGAAUCAUGUAGUAGACCUGAGUGUAGCUGUGAGCACAGCCAACGGUCUCAUCACGCCUAUAGUGUUUAACGCCCACACCAAAGGACUGGCUGCCAUCAGCUCCGACGUGUCGGCUCUCGCUGCCAAAGCAAGAGAAGGCAAGCUGCAGCCACAUGAGUUCCAGGGAGGUACAUUCACAAUCUCUAAUUUGGGGAUGUUUGGCAUAAAGAACUUCUCCGCAAUAAUCAACCCCCCUCAGGCCUGUAUCCUCGCCGUCGGGGGCUCAGAGAAACGGCUUAUGCCUGCGGAUAAUGAAAAAGGGUUCGACGUAGCCAGCAUGAUGUCGGUGACGCUGAGCUGCGACCACAGAGUGGUGGACGGAGCGGUCGGCGCGCAGUGGCUGGCAGAGUUCCGCAAGUUCCUGGAGAAACCCGUCACCAUGCUGUUGUGAUUGGACUGUACUGCCUAAACUGCAGCAACAGGCAGAGGCCUUCCCCUGAAGUGAUCUGAUUGGUCUAAACCGGUCCGAAUCCUCUUGUGAUUGGCCAGCCUGCCACCAGGUCACUCCCAGUUACCCUGAAGAGGAAGAGGCAGAACUCACUCCGCUUACCUGUCUGUCCCGCUGUCUCCCCUGUCUGUCUUUCUCUUCUUUCCUGUUGCUCUUCUCUCACUCAUACUCUAUUUAUUGAGGCCCCAUUUCAUGAGAGACCAGAAUUAGGUCAAAUUUAUCCUAGAAUAGAGGCUGGUCAAAUGUCACUAAAACAUGUUUUACAAAGGGAAAUGUUACAUGUCCAACCAGAGAGCAUAUUUAUCCCAAGAUGUAGGUGUGUGUGUAUUUCUACACACUUUAAUCUGUGAUUUUGUGUGAAUGCGAUAAAGACAACGGGAAGUGCAGCUAUCUGUUGGUUCCAGUCUUUUGAGUAAGAGGUUGUGAAUUUGGAGGAUGGACCUAAAUGUAAGUUAACUUUGAGACGCACAGUCAAGAUCUACACACACACACACACAUACACACCUGUUUCUGUUUAGUGGCCACACACAACAUUGAAAUGUUUAGUGUGUUUUCCUUGGAUUGAUUCUUUGUGUGUAUAUUCUUCACUGUGGGAUAAACCCAGUGCUGUGUAUAUAUAGUGGGGAGCUGUUGAAACAACCAAGCUGUAAUGAGGCCUCAUCAUAUAAUUUAAUAUCUGUGAUAACAAACAAUCUUAAACGUUUUUUUCAAUUAUCUCUCUUUGGUGGGGAGGAUUUCUUUUCUAGUCUCAAAGUAUAAUACUUACCUUUUGAAAUAUUCUUUGUUUCACUGCUGAAACGCACAAAGCUGGUUCUGGAUGUUAUUUGGUAUUUGAAUAAAUUGGGAGAAGUCAAUUUUGUGCCAUAUGCUCUUUGGUUUGGGUUUUUAUAAUUUGACUUGUAAGAGCCCAAAUUAAAGCAGUUAGGAAUAAAAACUGAUUGCAAACAAUACUAAAACAUUUUUCAAAUUUGUAAAAAAUAUAUUUAACCAAGAAACUACUGGCCUGCUCAGCCCUUUUUGAUUAAUGCUGCAAACCAAAUGGAUAAAGUAAAGAUCUAAGCCUGCAGUCAA